AUGAAGCCUGUCAUCCUCGCCUCCACCAUCGCCUCCGUAGCCGCGGCCCAGGCCUACACUACCGCCGAGCAGGUUAAUGUCCAGGCCAACCUGAUCUUCGACCCUAAGACGGUUACUGAAAAGACCGUUGACUAUAUUAUCGCUGGAGGUGGUCUAACUGGUCUUACUGUUGCGGCCAAGCUGACUGAAAACCCUAACAUCAACGUUCUCGUUAUUGAGAAGGGAUUCUACGAGUCAAACGAUGGGCCAAUCAUCGAGAACCCCAACAACUACGGCCUAAUCUUCGGCAGCUUCGUUGACCAUAGCUACCUCACUGUUCCCCAGGACAUAAACAACCGCACCCUAGACAUCAAGGCUGGUAAGGGCCUCGGUGGUUCUACCUUGGUCAACGGUGACUCCUGGACCCGUCCGGAUAAGGUCCAGAUUGAUUCCUGGGAGACCGUCUUUGGUAAUACUGGUUGGAACUGGGACAACCUGAAUGACUAUAUGAAGAAGGCCGAGCUCGCCCGCUACCCUACUCAAGCCGAGAUUGCCGCCGGUCACUACUUCAACGCUUCCUGCCACGGCUUCAACGGAACCGUCCACAGCGGGCCCCGUAAUGACGGCCGGCCCUAUUCUGUCCUCAUGAAGGCCCUCAUGAAUACCACUGCAGCUAUAGGCGUUCCUACUCAGAAGGAUUUCCUCUGUGGUCACCCACGCGGUGUCUCCAUGAUCUACAACAACUUAUUGCCCGACCAGACCCGUGCCGAUGCUGCCCGCGAGUGGCUUCUUCCUAAUUAUAAGCGCCCUAACUUGCAAGUCCUUACCGGCCAGAUCGUCGGAAAGGUUCUUUUCAACCAGACCUCAGCCGGUCCAAAGGCCGUUGGUGUUAACUUCGGUACAAACAAGGCCGUUAACUUCAACGUCUAUGCUAAGCAUGAGGUCCUCUUAGCCGCUGGCUCUCUUGUCUCCCCGUUGAUCCUCGAACACUCUGGUAUUGGUCAGGCUGUAUACUUCGCCAAUUUCACUGAGGUCUUCGGCGACUACACCCCUAUGGCUAUUGGGUUGCUGAACAACAACCUCGACCAGUGGGCCAACGAGACCGUUACCCGUGGUGGUUUCCAUAAUGCCACUGCUCUAAAGAUUCAGUACGAGAACUACCGUAACUGGCUUCUCAAUGAGGACGUUGCCUACGCCGAGCUCUUUAUGGAUACCAACGGCAAGAUUAAUUUCGACUUGUGGGAUCUCAUCCCGUUCACCCGCGGCUCCACUCACAUUACCUACGCCGAUCCCUACCUCCAGUCAUUCAGCAACAACCCCCAGUUCUUGCUGAACGAGCUUGACCUUCUUGGUCAGGCCGCUGCCUCAAUGCUUGCACGUAAGCUCCAGAAUAGCGGCGAGAUGUCGAACUAUUUUGAUGGAGAGGACAUCCCCGGUGCUGACCUCUUGUCCUACAACGCUACCCUCGACGACUGGGUUGGCUAUGUCAAGCAGAACUUCCGUGCCAACUGGCACGCUGUCUCCACAUGUUCCAUGAUGUCUAAGGAGCUUGGCGGUGUUGUUGAUCCUACCGCAAAGGUCUACGGCACCCUGGGCCUUCGUGUUAUCGAUGGGUCUGUUUCGCCCACCCAGGUGUCUUCCCAUGUCAUGACUAUCUUUUACGGUAUGGCCUUGAAGAUUGCAGAUGCAAUCCUGGCUGACUACUACAAGUCCUAA